AUGUCGGGUCGAAAGCUGCAAAAAAUCAUGGUUCAGCCAGUUAACCUGAUCUUCAGGUUAGUUUACGUAAUUUGAAAAAGGUUUUAUCUAUUGAUACUUCAGGUACUUGCAAAACAGAACUCGGGUUCAAAUUUGGCUGUACGAGGAUGUCACGCACCGCAUCGAAGGCUACAUCAUUGGUUAGGAAAAAAGCCGUGAAGAAAUAUAUUUUACGAUGGUUUUAAGGCUUCGACGAGUUCAUGAACAUCGUUUUCGACGAGGCCGAGGAGUACAACGUGAAAACCAAGAACCGCAACAAGCUCGGCCGGAUUUUGCUCAAGGUAAACUUCGAAAACUAUUUUUUCUUUUAGCAAUAACUCCAAUUUCAGGGCGACAACAUCACUCUGAUCCACGCUGUCACCCAGGACGCUUGA